AUAUAGAAUGACGUCUACACACCAGGGCUAAAAUUUCAAGUCUCACGGUAUCUAAAUCGAUCACGGCAUCCUGUUCUAAAAGCGCACGCAAUCUCACUGCCAACGCCCUCCAGCGAGCAAAAAGCGCGCGACAAGACGCAGUUGCGAGACACGCUUACCGUACGCGAGAGUCGCGCGAUCCGCACGCGAACGGCAGCGGCGGCGGCAUCCAAAAAGCGCGGGAAAUAAACGACGCCGAAAAGAGAAGGAGCGCCGAAAUCUCAGACGCCGCGCGAUACAAGCCAAAAGCCGCCGCGCCGUAAAGGGAGAGGGGGAGGGUGCCUGCCCGCAUAACGACGAGCGAGGCAAGAAAAUAAGCAUUCAGUUUAGAACGAAAUAGAAAGCAAAAGUAUUCACCGAAAAAAAAGUCGGUGGCAUCGCUCAAGUGCUCCCGUAUACUACUAGCCUGCUGCGCUAUCAUGUAUGUGUUUGCUUGAAUAUGAGUCUUGAAAAGACGGGGCAGAGGAUCGACGAUGCUUUCCUCUCGCCCCACUCAAACCCUCUGUAGACUACAGACGCAUCUCUCCUUGGCAGGGCAAAGCGUCUUGCGACGCGCGCGGUUCCCAUGAGCUCCUAACAUUUUCUUUGUUUUUGCAGGUUUUACCCGUAUACCUACGGCGAUCCGGCUGGCUUGGAGGAACGAAAAAAAAAAAAAAAAAAAAAAAAAAACAUACCGGUUGAGUAGGAGAGGAGAGUAGGAGAGCGCGUCGCCGGAUCACACGCACGCGCUCUCCCGCCAUUGGUUGUGACGUCACGAGCUCCCGCUCUCUCUCUCUUUUCUCAUCCUCCUCUCUGGUUUCGGAGCUCAGGGUUGCCCUCCCGAAAAGGGAAAAAGCGAGAGUGGCCUCCGGGCGAAGUCACACCUUCGUUCGGAUUCGAUUGCGCAGCAGGCUCGGCGUCGAAACAUGGAAGCCCUGCUGCCCAGCCCGGCAUCGAGCGAGGAGAUGGUGUCUUCGGCUUACUACGGCCACCCACUGGCCGCUGCGUGGUCGGCGACGCCUCUGUCAUCGUUGCCUGGAUUUUGCUCGAGCCAUGGAAGCCGCGGUUUCAACCCGGAAACGCCAUCACCGGACAACUCUUCCAGUUGGGAGUCGCAGCAUGAGUCUGACUCUCCAACCAGGGACGCCGUCAGGACGGUGGCUGACCUUGUUCCCUUAAAGAGUCCCUUCGUCGGCGCUGGCAUCACAAGCAGUGACGUUGAUCCCGCCGCAGUCGUGGUCUCUUCUACGUCAACGGCAGCAGCCGGGUCCGGCUCUUGCGAUGGUGUCAAGCGUGUGUCCUCACACCGGGAGAAGCCACCGCACCUUGUGGCCAGGAGGAAUGCCAGAGAGCGACGCAGGGUGCAGGCAGUGAACAACGCCUUUUGCAGGCUACGGAAGUGCGUGCCGGUCGAGAACAGGGCCAAGAGACUGUCAAAGGUCAAAACAUUGCACAAGGCAAUCGAGUACAUAUAUGCUCUUCAGGACCUUCUGGACCAAGCCGACGAAGAAGCUGGAGUUCCAGCGGUGGCAGUGCCGAACACAGCAGAGGUUGAGGAGACACGCAAGAGUGAGCACCCAGUGAUGAAACAGAAAGCAAACGAACCACCCUGUGAUCAACAACGAUGGAUAAAUCUCGAAAAUGUUGACCGAGGCACAGAGAGUUACCAAGGUUUCGUCAACUUCUACGAGCAGUUUCCAACAACGUAUGCAACCUGAAUGCACUGUGUACGAAAGCUGGAAGUGAAGUUGGCGUGGCGCUGAUGGGCAGGCGAAAUGAUAUAUGUGCAUUAUACGCCUGGACCGAGCUACGAAAGUAGGAAUGCAAUAAUAAAGAAGCACAGCUUUAUUCUGCAAUAUGCUGAAGUGGCCAUCCCUGCGUUAUCAGGGAUGCAUUCAUGACGCCUAGAAGAUCAUCUGCUGCUGUGUCCAGUUCAUUCAUCCAUGCAAAACCGGACGUUGGGUUCGAAUGCUACAUGAAGCAGUUGCUUUUCUAAACUUGAUUGGCACGCUGGCGAUACGGCACUCGUACCAUUGCCAGCGCUCUAUGCGAGUACCAUUGCUACACGGACUGUGGAAACAUGCUUCUCGCGCAAGACUUCAAGAUGGAUGCGGAUAAAGCUGCGAGAACGAC